AUGCCACCAAAACGGAAAAAAGAUGUUAAAAAGAUGUCCAUCGAACCACUGCCAACAAUCGAACCGGACAUUCCAGAAGUAAUAGAAUCGGAUGAGCCGGUAAAACCUUUGAUAUCCAUGGUCACCGGGAAGCCAUUUGGUCCUCGAAUCCAACAGAUUAUCGAGAAGAAAGAAGACGAAAGCUCAGAUGACGAGCCCGAGUCUGAAAGCGAUGAAGAACUUAAACGAUUGAGAGAAGAUGUAUCGGAAGUGCCUUCAGAAUUUUGGCAUAUACAAAAGCUUAUCAGAUAUAUGAAAGCGGGCAAUCAAACCGCCACCUUGGUGGCUCUUUGUCUUCUGAAGGAUUACGACCUCAGCAGUAGGAUAAUUCAAAAAGCCGUUCAGGAAAUGGGAGGCUUGGAAAUUUUAGUGAAUCUUCUAGAGACGAAAGAUUUAAAAUGCCAGAGUGGAUCGUUGUCAGUUUUACUUCAAGUUGCAAAAUCCUCGCAGAUGCGACGAUAUCUAAUUGAUCUUGGUAUUGUAACACCCUUGAUUCAAAUGUUAAAGCACCCAGCUAGAGAUAUUCAAGUUUUGGCUGCAGAGACUAUGGCAAUUAUCGCGCAAAUAAGGAAAGCGCGUAAGCAAAUACGUAUUCGGGGUGGUAUACCUCUGAUUUUAGAUGUAAUGGACGUACCAGACUCUAUUCUUCGACAACCUUACGAUAGUUUGAACGAAACCAAUAAGGACCUGGUAAUAGUUGCGAUAGCUUGUGCAAAGGUGUUGGAUUCUUUAAGCAGUAGUCCGAAAGUAAAAGAAGAACUUCGUAAACACGGUGUGGUUAACAUUAUGGAACGCUUUCUAAAAUCGAAACACACUUCAUUAGUGAUACCUAUGAUGGGUACUGUUCAACAAUGUGCAAGUUUGGCAGUUUAUCGUAAAGCGUUCGAGAAUACUAGUAUUAUAUACGCCGUGGUGCGUCACCUGAAAAAUGACGACAUUAAAUUGAAAGAAAACUGUGCCCUGGCGAUAUUUAAUUGUGGCCCGAACAAGGUGGCAAGAGAUGUAGUUCGAACGACCAGUGGUUUAGAUAUGUUAUGCAAAUUGGUACAAGACAAAGAAGUUCAUGAAAAUAAAAGUCUUCUAGCUGCGGUCACUGGUGGAAUUUGGAAAUGUGCUACAAGUCCAGAAAAUGUUGCGAGGUUCAAUCGGAACAAUGUAGUAGCUUCAUUAGUACAGUUUUUAGAGGAAUACGAGGAUGAAGAUGUGCAAGUAAAUGUUGUAGGAGCACUGGCAGAAUGUUGCAAGGAUCCUGUUAACAGAGACGUUCUUAGAGUGAAUGAUGGCCUGCCAAAAUUGAUCCGACUGUUAACUUCUACGUAUGAAGCCUUAUUGGAAAAUGUACCAAUGGUAAUAAGGGAAUGCGCGCAAAAUGAAGCAUGCAUGGAUAUCAUUAACGAUCCUGAGCACAUUCUGGACGGUGUACGAUUGGUCUGGUCGUUGUUGAAACACCCCAGCGACAAAAUCAAAAGAAACGCUUGCCUUGCGUUGGUCCCUUGUAUAAAGUAUGCCAAAGAUUCUCCGGAAAUGGUACGGGCAUUCGUGGGUGGACUGGAACUUACGGUCAGCCUGCUUCAGAGCAAGGAUACAGAGGUGUUGAGCGCAGUCUGCGCGACUAUUGCCGAAAUCGCUACCGAUCCAGAGAACCUCGGUAUUCUGAGCGAUCAUGGCGUAGUGGACAAAUUGGCGAAGCUCGUAACAACGGAAGACGAGAGUUUGCGUGCAAAUUUGACCUUGGCCAUAGCAUACUGCAGCGAAUGGGAAGAAAAUAGUUAUAAAUUUGGCCAAUUAAACGCUGUGGCACCACUUGUCAAAUAUAUGACUAGUAAAAAUACAGAUGUUCUUAGAGGUGUUUGUAUAGCAGCAUAUCAUUUAAGUAAAGAUCCCUCAAACUGUAUCACAAUGCACACUUCCGGUGUAAUAAAGCAUAUACUGCGUCUAGUUGGGUCAGACGAUCCGGAAGUGCAAAUCGCUGCUGCAUCCACAAUUCGAAAUAUCCGAAAACUUGCCCUGACAGCGGAAAAGUUACACUUUAAAGAAAUGUAUGUAAUGUUGUUAUUGUAUAAAUCGUAUGUUGCAUAUAUUUAUGUUCAUUACUUGAUAAGUGUAUCAAUAUUAGAACUACAAUAUAGUAUUUAA